AUGGCUGCGCCCAAGAUCACUCUCUACGUCGACAUCGUCAGCCCCUUUGCCUACAUCGCCUACCAUGUGCUGAGGAACUCCCCUGUUUUUGCAAAAUGCACCACGACGUACGUCCCUGUCCUGCUUGGGGGCAUCAUCCAGGCUACGGGGAACACUCCUCCAAUCCGUAUCAAAAGUAAGCCGUUGACCCGUCCUCCACUUGCUCUGCUCAAUCUCCUCUUGCAGGCUCGUCUAAUUUCAUAUAUUUUAAAUCCCGCAGACAAGGAUAAAUGGAUCAACGUGGAGCGCCUGCGCUGGUCAAAGCUACUGGGAGUUCCCAUUACUGAGGCUAUGCCAGACGGAUUUCCGGUUUUUACUCUAGCUGUCCAGCGGGCUCUCUGCGUCGUUGCGGCCGAUCACCCUGAAAAAUUGGCCGGCUGCAUUGAUGCGCUAUACAAUACGCUAUGGGUCAAGAGAGACUCGUCUGUUAUCAAACCGGAAGGUUAUGUGCCGGUGCUAGAGACCGUGAUUGGCAAAGACGCUGCCAUCAAAGUAGCGGAGAAGGCAAAUACUGCCGAAAUAAAGCAGAAGCUGGUAUCGAACACAGACCGGUCCGUUGAAUCUGGUGCAUUCGGCUUGCCGUGGAUGGAAUGCACCAAUUCCAAGGGUGAGACAGAGUCGUUCUUUGGCGUAGAUCACCUUGGACAAGUCGUUGCUUUCCUGGGCUUGGACGGCACGCUGGGACAGGGCUUUAAGGCGUUACUCUAG